CGGCAAGACUCUGUUCUCUCGCACAAAAACCCUAGUCGCACCCCAUUUUUCAUGCCAGCCUCACUCUGCGCCUCUAGCUGCUAGGUUUUCCGCAUCCGCUCUCCCCGGUAGAAUUCCAUCAUGGUUGCCGCCAAGAAGACUAAGAAGACCCAUGAGAGCAUUAACAACAGGCUCGCUCUUGUCAUGAAGAGUGGGAAGUAUACCCUGGGCUAUAAAACGGUCCUUAAGUCCCUCAGGAGCUCCAAAGGAAAAUUGAUUAUUAUCGCCAACAAUUGCCCGCCCCUCCGAAAGUCAGAAAUAGAGUACUAUGCCAUGUUGGCAAAAGUUGGAGUUCACCAUUACAAUGGAAACAACGUUGAUUUGGGCACGGCCUGCGGCAAAUAUUUCAGAGUGUGCUGCCUCAGCAUUAUUGAUCCUGGUGAUUCGGACAUUAUCAAGACAAUGCCUGGCGAGCAGUGAGUGAUCGUCGUUUUUGCUGUGUAAGGGUACUAAUGUUGAGUGUCAGCAGUAGAAAUUUCCAAGUUUUUAUUUACUAAUUUUGUUUACAUAUUGAAGUUUCUUUGUUCCAAUACUCUUGCUAUAUAUCAGCACCGAAGCGAACUAUUUUUUUUUUUUAGCUGGUUGAAUUUAUGGUCCCAGUUCCUCUUUUUGGGAAAUUGAUUGCGUAAUUUGAACUGUUUCAUUGAAUUCCUUUUUU